AUGGUGGGUCCCACAAUCGAAUUGUUUAGCACUUCGAUCCUGUCCAACGUCAAGGUCCGAACACGGCAUGAGCGCUUUACUUCGGUGCUUGCCAUCAAGAAGAUCCCCUAUAUCUACCACGAUCUCGCUUCGGACGAUGAUGCAAAGAGCCGAUGGCGUCGCAAGGCCAAGGAUCCGCAACUUCCGGGCAUUCUGGUCAACAACGAGUGGGUAGGCUCGUACGAUGAGUUCGAAGAGGCAGUCGAGUUUGGCGAGCUCGAAGUAUUGCUCGGCGUCUCUCCAGCAGCUGCACAGGCUACGCCACCAGCACCACAUCCUGCUCAAUCGGCAGUGAGCUCCAAAGAUCCUAGCUUAUACCCAACGCUGCCCUACGCAGCAGAAGGUGCAGGACGCUGGAAGGAGCCUGAUGCGGAUCAGUUCAUAUCGUCUCUGAACAUCAAGGAAGAGGAGCUGAACGAUGACGACGUCGAUGCGUUGCUAGCUGAGAUCGGCAAGCUACCAGCCGAGGCAGCUACGAGGUCGGAGAAGAAGUAUGUUCCAUCGAAAGAAGCAGCCAUCAAGCCGCUGCGAUUGGCCAAGAUGGGAGCAACAACAUCACACCAACGAAUGCCAUCGGGAUGGCCAAGUCCAUCUGCUGCAAGUGCAGCAACGCGAGCUUCGCCCGUGGCUCGCUAUUCGGCUACGCAGCGCUCCACUCGGGCGCUAGCUGCAGAAGCGGCGGCGCUUACAUCGAAUCGGAAGACCUCGGGAGCUUUGCUGCGCGAUGCGGUCUCGCAAGGAAAGACGCUAGAUGAUGCUAUGGAAGAGAGUCGCAUGAAGCACAUCGUAAGCCAGGACAAUAUGGAUGAGCUGUUUGCAUCCCUGGGUCUCAGCAAUGUCGAUAUCGGUGAGGAUGAGGUGGAUCAGUUCCUGGAGCAAGGCGCUAUCCCGCAAGGCCUUGGCUUGGGUGGCGAGCGUGUUCAUCGACCAUCUUCAGUAGCGGACAAGGCGAGAGAUGAAGCGGUGGCGAGAGACUUGGCGCUCAAAGCGAAAGAGAAGGGACAUGGCUCUGCUCGCAGUAGUCUUGCUCACGAAAGCACUUCAAAGCUUACUGCUCUCGCUGGUCCUGCACCAGCAUCUCAGAUCGGAACAUCCGUUGACGAUGCGUCAGCAAAACGUUCGACGGCCUCAGGAGGCACUUCAACCUUGUCGGCACAGCCGUCGACCGUGACUGAAGCCACUUUGGAGACGCCCGAAUGGAAGGGUGACGAAGCAACUGAAGCGGUCGAGCGAGAAAAGGAGGUCGUCAAGCUAGAAGCUGAGGCACCAAAGCAGUCGUUAGCUGCUGCGCCCGAAGAGGGUGAAGAAGAAGCAGAAGCCACCAAGGUUGUCGGUGAUGAACCGGCCAAGAAGGCAGACGACGAGGAUCAGAGCAGCGAACCGGCCGAGAUCAAGGCGAAGGUGGAAAGGCUCAUUCUUGAAGAACCUUCACCUUUGUCCACAAAUGCUGAGAUGAGCAAAACUGAUGUCGUCGACACGGAAGAAACCGAAGAGGAGAAAGCUACGCCUGGAGCAAGCACGAGCAAUAGGAAAGUUGAUGUUCCACCUCAAGACAGCGAAUCAAUACCAAAGGAAGCAGAGGAAGCAGAGGAGGCAGAGGCAGCGUUGCCCACCUUAUUGCCUGCCAAAGAUCAUGUCUCUGGCGACGAAAAGCGUGCAGCGUCAGAGCCAAACAAGGAUUUGAGAAGCGUAACAUUGUCUUCUGACGCCAACGAGCCUGUCUCGUCGCGAUCAUCAAAGUGGGAGCAAUCAGCCCGAUCAGGUGCUCACGAUUCUACGACAGCUUCCAAGGAACUUUCUCUCAGCAGCAGCACUAGCAAUCAGAUCCUCGACAAAGCUGACAUCGAUCAAGAUCCAAGACCAACGAAAGAGAUCUCGGCAGAUCCGAUCCAGCUGGAAGGCGAAUCGAUUGCGAAAGCAGAGACAAAGCGACAAGAAGCGGACAAGGCAAAAGACGGCGAGGCUUCCGAAUUGGAAUUGGCACAGAAGGCAGCAAUGACUGCUUCACAAUACCAGAAUCGCAAGUCGGGACUUCCGUUGCAAUUCCAAUCGAUAGUGACAGUAGAUGAGAAAGACGAAGAAGCGCCACUUGAACCUUGGACAAUAAUCACCAGCCGCAGCAGCAGCAGCAGCAGCAGCAGCAGCAGUCUUUUAUCAAAAGAUCCCGAGGUCACGAGUGCAGCCAAGUCGCCAUCAUGCUCAGCCGCUGCAAUCACAUCGCCGGUGCGCAUUCCAGUUUGCCAAGAGUCGAAAGAAGGCAGUUGCUCGUCGACAAGUCCUUUAGCUCUCGGUUUGGGUGCACGAGGUCAGCCACCAUCACGCCAAGCGGCUUCGGGUUCAGUCUCUUCCUCUAGACGUGCCAUAGAUGUUUCUCGACCCAUCGAUCCAUCGAUAUCGCCUACAUCGCCACUUGCGCCCCCAUCUAGCUCAGAAUUAUUCAUGUCGCCAGAGACACUUGCAAAGAAGAAGCGAGUAGGAUUGUUUGGCCUUGGCAAAGAUAAGGACAAGGAGAGGGACAAGACAACAGCGAACGACAAGAACAGCAAAGCAGCAGCAGUAUCAGGAGCAGCAGCAGUAUCAGGAGCAGCAGCAGCGUCAGGAGCAGCGUCAGGAGCAGCGUCAGGAGCAGCACCUUCAACAUCGCGUCACGAGCGAACCAUCUCUCAGAUUCUUCGAGAAGCCGAUGCAGUGCUGCAAAUGGGAGGCCAAGGUUCGGACAACGACCAAGAAGAUGAAACUGAAGAUCCCACCAUGUUUGGCAGUUCAAGUGUCGACAUAUAA